AUGGCAGACAAGGCAGGCAGCGCCUAUGGCGCCCAGCGAGCCUCCGACACAGAUUUCAGGAAGAAGUGGGACAAGGAAGAGUUUGCAGAACGAGCCAAGCGGAAAGAUGACGAGGAACGCGAACGAAUGAAGGAGAACGAGGAACGGUUAAAGCAAGGUACAGUGGCCUAUUCCCCUUCCCUAGGUUUCGAUCCUCUGACUGAUGUUCCAGGUAAAAGACCACGCAAGGGGACGAAGAAGGAUUUACCAAAACCUACCGAGCUGAUGAAGGCUCGAGAAGCACCUCUGGAACUUGACAAGAACUUGGGGAAGACCAUGGUCGUGCAGAACCCAGGUGGACGGGGACCAGGGCAGCCCGGCUUCUAUUGCGAGACUUGUAAUAGAACAUACAAAGACACCGUUGCAUACCUGGAUCACAUUAACAGUAGAGCUCACCUUCGCGCCAUUGGCCAGUCGACAAAGAUAGAACGUUCGACACUAGCCCAGGUUCAAGCCCGCAUAGCUUACCUCCGCGAAAAGACUAAAGCCGCAUCCUCUGCCAAAGACUUCGACUUUGACAAGCGACUCGCUGAAAUCCGAGCCAAGGAACGGGCUGCUCGCGAGCAAAAGAAAGCAGAGAAGAAGGCCGAGAAGGAACAGAAGCGAAUGGAAAUGAUAGCAGAACCAACUGGCGAGGACGCCGAGAUGGCUGCUAUGAUGGGCUUUUCUGGGUUUGGAACGAGCAAAAAGUAG